UCAAAUCUACAUGGCGCCCGCUGGCUUCCCUAUGUGCAUCGUGCAAUCAAGAUUGUGUGUGACAGCUAUCCUGUACUGAUUGCACAUUUUGAAGACAUGGCGUCUGUGGAGAGGUUCCCUAAGCCUUCAGCUGCAGUUCUCGGCUGAAAAUGAGAGGUUCAGGCAGUGUGGUGUCGAUGAGAUGAGGGAGAUGGCCACGUUCUAUCAGGAGCUAUUGAGAAAAGCUGGCAUUGAAGUUGAUGAGGUUUUAGCUGAGUACAACCACUACAAGAUCUUUGCCAAGGGACGAGCAGCAGUGCCGAUGAGGGAGCUCUUCAUGAGUGUCUUGCAGUCAGAGGAAAGGCGAGAACGCUUCAAGAGCUUGGCCCCCCUCAUGGAGGUGUACCUGAUCCUGCCAGUAAACACGGCAGUGUGUGAGCGGGGCUUUUCUACAAUGAAGAGAGUGAAGACUGACUGGAGGUCGAGUCUUUCCUCUCUUCAGCUGCAGAGACUGAUGUUCCUGUCAGUGGAGGGCCCUCCACUGGAUAAGUUUAAUGCCGAAGCUGCAGUUCACAGGUGGUGGACAACCUGCCAAAGACAGCGUCGGCCAGGGUUCAACCCCUGGGAGUAUAGGCAGGGCUCAGAGAAUGAAACGGAAAUUUGAAGCCCUAGUCCACAAUUCUGUUUUGCCAAAGUUAAUCUACACUGUUCAUUGUCUUUUUGUAUUUUUUUUUCCAUCACAAACGGUUAUGUAUUUUAAGUAAAGACCGCGAGUUCAAGCUGGUCUCACCAUGCUAGGUUUCCUCGGUUCAGAGAAUGAAAUACAUUUUGAGGCCCUUUCUUCUGUUGGGCUGACAGGUGGUUUGACAGCUUUGCAGACCAUAAUUGUUAUGUUUUGUAUUUGUAUUUACAUUAUAAUAAAUUAUUAUAAAAUCAAA